GGUUAUCACGUUCGCCUAACACGCAAAAAGUCCCCGGUUCAAGACCGGGCAGAAACAGGACCUCGACGUAACAGCUUUAAAGAUGGCCGCGUCCAUGCAAGAGGCGGGAGAGAUGCCAGGAGUAUCUGUGGCCAAAGAUUCAGACACAGAGGAAGAUGGUGAAGAGAAUGACGAAAAUGAACAGGAUGAAGAACCAGAUGAACCCAAAGAACCAAAAAUCCGAGAGACCCCUGAAGACAUUAAAUUUGAGGCCAUUGUGAAUACUGUAGCAUUCCACCCAACACGGGACAUCCUGGCUGCUGGGGACCUCGAUGGAGAUAUCUAUGUUCACUCCUAUUCCUGCGUGGAAGGAGGGAACAAGGAGCUGUGGUCCUCCGGGCAUCACCUCAAAUCCUGCAGGGAAGUGGCUUUUUCACAUGACGGAGAAAAACUCUUCAGCAUAUCUAAGGACAAAUCUGUCCACAUUAUGGAUGUGGAGGGAGGCAAGCUAGUCAAAAGGAUAUCAAAGGCACACAGUGACCCCAUAAACAGCAUGCUCCUGAUUGAUGAGAACCUGUUUGCUACUGGCGAUGAUAGCGGCAUCCUGAAAGUGUGGGACCUGCGGAGGGGCACCGCCUUCAUGGAGAUGAAGCAGCACGAGGAGUACAUCAGUGGCAUGGCCAUCGACCACGACAAGAAGAUCCUUCUCACUACCAGCGGAGAUGGGACAAUGGGAGUGUUUAACAUUAAGAGGCGGCGCUUUGACCUUCUGUCUGAGUUUCAAAAUGGGGAUCUCACCUCUGUGGCAAUCAUGAAGCGAGGUAAGAAAGUGGCGUGUGGUUCAAGCGAGGGCAUGAUUUACCUCUUUAACUGGGAUGGGUUUGGUGCCACCAGUGACCGCUUUGCAGUGAAGGCCGAGUCUGUUGACAGCAUCAUACCGAUUACUGAUAGCAUUCUGUGUGCUGCGUCUACAGAUGGAGUUAUAAGGGCGAUCAACCUGCUGCCAAACCGUGUGAUUGGCAGCGUGGGCCAGCACGUGGGGGAGCCCAUUGAGCAGAUUGCCAAGUCGAAUGAUGGGCACUUCCUGGCCAGCUGUGCCCACGACCAGAAGGUGAAAUUCUGGGACAUCUCCUCCCUGAGCGCUAUCACUGUGAGUGACUACCGGAGGCGGAAGAAAAAGGGGGGGAACCUGAAGUCACUGAGCAAGAAAGCGUUUGGGGGAGGGGAUGACUUUUUCUCAGGCUUGAUCGAGGAGACAGAGAUCAAGAAACCAGAGGAGAAGGAAGAGGAGGAGGAAGACAGUGACAGUGGCAGCGAUUGAAGUGCACAAAGUGGACUGGCGUACUGGGUGAAUGUACUAAGAGACUAAUUCUCAGUGCGAGAACCCACUGUGCUACUUUUAAGGUAUUGCUAUCUUAAGUGAUAGAGCUGGUGGUUGUUACCCAAAGACUGGGCUUUUGCGUAUAUAUUCUAAGCCAGAAAAUAGUGGUAAUACAAUAGCUGGAAGGGGAAUGUGCUCACUUCUAACCAUUUGAAUAUGUGUUCAUGUGUAAUACAAUGAAGAGAUCAGUUAAAUACUGUGCUAGCAGGCUGUCUAUAUGAAAAUUGUACCUUGACAUCUUACCACGUUUUUGUAACUCAUUCUAUAGGACUAACUCAAAGACACAAUGCGUUAUUUAGUCUGUAAAGAUAAUAUUGUGGCACAAAAUUGAAAAAAUAUGCAGAGGCUUCCAAUGCACUUUUCAGAUGUUAAGUACUGGAUAUCUUUGUGCUAGACUGUGGUGUCUGGCUGUCAGCAGAUCACUAAAACAUGAAUCUCCCUGAAUUUAAAUUUGAAUGUUUAAUACAAUAUAUCGGGAGGCCUACGGCAAACGAAUGCCAUGUUUUAUGACAUGUAUGUUUUCCUGUAAAACGUCUCCUGUAGGCAGAAAUUGCACAUGCCAAAGGUGAUAAAUGUAUGUUUGAAAUGACAUGUUUUGGAACCAGUUGAAUACACGCUUUCAGGUGACUGUUGCUUUUGUAAACUCAUUUGUAAGAGAGCAUGUUCUCGUAUUAAAGGGUUCACAGACUGCACUGAACAAUUAACUGAGGUACAGUAUAGAGAGAUAUCUCGGUGAUCAUUCAUAAUAUUGGUGUGAAUUGGAGCAUUCUGCAUUGUAAAGAUUGGGUGUUAUUGAGAUCUGAGAUGGUGUAUAUAGUGGUGUUUGAAGAUGCAUGCAGAAAGUGUUAUGUAGGUGUAGCUCUACUGAGCCAGCCUUGAAAGGUUUUUCAAUGUAGCAUUCCCUUAAUGGAUCUGAGAAGUUUUGCACUUGUCUGCCAAAAUCUCCAAGGCAGCGAUUGGCUUCUCAUUUGUGUUCUUCACUGACUGUCUCUAGUUUACUAAAAGAUACUUCAAAGCUGAGACACGAUAGCUGAGCCAGAAGCAAAGGGUGAGUGAGAAGACGCCUCAGAACAUUUACACUCCCACUGGGUACAUUAUUACAGCGCUCUGGUAGGGAGCUCAUAUAUUCAGAUGUCAUAAACCAUUUCACAUGCCGACUUCAUAGUUUAAAGAUUAUGUAAACUAUUCAAAUAUAUAUAUAUAUAUAUAUAUAUAUAUAUAUAUAUAUAUAUAUAUAUAUAUAUAUAUAUAUAUAUAUAUAUAUAUAAUUUAUUUAUUUAGGGGUGGGCAUCGAUAUCCAAGUCUUCCAUAACACAGAAAAAUACAAUAACACAAUUGCAAUAUGAAACAUAUACAUAUAGACGUUAACAGGUAUUUACAUAAGAAAAGCAAUAACUUACUUUAAGUUAGCUUUGAAAAUGUAAUUACUUGUCUAAUUAUGUUACGUCUAACUUUGUCAGGGAAUUCUAUGAUCGCAGUGUGCUUAAGAAAGACAGCCUGUACUAUCCUGGUGGGGGGAUGGGGGUGAUAACUAGCCUGCUGUCAUAGCAACGGGCCUACAAAGGCAACAUUCACCAGGAGCAGGCCUAGUAAGGUAAAUAGUUGAGAGUAAAAGCCUCUGUGUGCUGACAUGCUGAAUACAGUGCUGUUAAAUUAUUAGAAACAAAAACUUCUUUGUGACACUGCAUGUGUGCAGUUUCUAGACUCUUAUUAACGUCUCAAUGCAGUGGCUCUGCAAUGGUACUGUAAUGCAAUCUCUCUUUAGGGGCACAAGGCCAUGCAUCGGUUAUUAUACAGUACAAUGUCAGUGCCAGUGUGUAACCCAUUGUGUUGUGUUUACUGUGCUGGUAAUGAGGUGAUCUCUUAAUGCUUCUUUAAAGAUUUCUGAAGCGUUAACCCUUUCAGUCCUGGCAGGACCAGAUCCCUUGCGCCAUAUGGUAACAUACGCUGUAAAAUAAAUCAUGUUGGAACCUCAUGGGACUCCUAGGUCCCAGAGGUUUAACUAUAUGUAGAAGAUAGAUUUUUCUGUCCUGUACUGAUGUAUAUUCAAUAAAGGAGUUUCUUUUUUAAUUAA